AUGCAAAAGUUGCCGGCUGAGGUGGUCUCACUCUUCGAGAGCUCUAAGGUAAGCAGAGCUGACAAAACAAAGCUUGUCAACGGCAUGGUGGUUCGUCAACCGGAUGGAAACUUGAUGUUGGACCUGGAAGCCCCUGUCCUGUCCAUGUUGCAGUCCCACUAUACGGAUAUUUCAGGCCCCCACAAGGCCAAAGGAUAUCCAAAGAGUUUGACUGUGGCCAAGCUCGGUGGUGAGUUAGCUUUUACCCAAGCUUUGGAAAAAGGUGAGGUCAAGGAGACCGAACAGGGUGGCAGCACUUUUUACUUUUUCAAUACCAUCACGAUCGAGAAGAAGGUUGGCGCAAGAGCCGAAACAAAGGGAUCGGUGGCCAGGACCGCCGAUGACGCGCAGGUUGGUGCCCUUUCUGCCUUUGUGGAAAGCUUCCAGCCUACUUUCCGUGAGAUUCCUGGUAUGGCACCUUCGUCGAGUGCGGCAAUGCCUCCACAGGGAUUCAGUGCCAUGCCUGCUAUGCCAUCUGCUUCACAGCCACUCGCCCUCGUGGACAAGGCGGUCCCAGUUCCCUCUGAGAUCCAGUUGGAUUUCUGUGGUGUUGUGACCUUGGAGGGUUGUGUGGUGGCAAAGAUUGACGAGGGCCUGGGAUGGUGGAAGAGCUUGCGUGAACAAGCUCGAAAGGUCGCUCAAGGGGCUUUGAGGAAUCAGAUGAGCAGCAGGAUGGCAGAAGUGUGGAAUCUUCAGGUGACGCUUGAGCAGUCCAAGACGUUUGGUGCAAAGGAUGGUGCGAAGCUUCGCAGUACAAUGUCGGAGUUUGCCAAAGGUCUGAUGAAUGUGCAGGAAAUGGUGAGAGGCCUCCUAGGAUUGGAAAAAGAGCAGCCGCUCUCUUGA